AUGAAGUUUCUUGCAUCUGAAGGGUUAAAGUUCACAUUAACCAGCAAGUGCCCCAACACAGCUUGUGUGAGUCAAGAGUUGGGCCAAUUCCGGAGUCGACUGGAGUGUGCCUCUCACUGCAGGGCUACUGACUCUUGUGUCGGGUUUUCUUAUGCCUCCGAUGGGGUAUGCCGGAGUUUUCAAGAUGGAUGCAUCUUUGGCGCACCAUGUACAGACGUUCAACACAGAGUCCUUGUCUACGAAAAGGAGGGCUGUAAAAACAGCGCUCGGUGGAAUAAUACACUACACAUUUGCGAAUGUGUUGGUGGUUGGGUCG